CAAUUGAAGAGGCGUAAACAAAGCUUGCUGUGUUCAGUAUUUUCCCUCCACGUAUAAAUUGUCUCCAGAUAGACUAUACGCUUUCACAUUAGGCUCUGGUAUCACAAAGUCCUCUCCGCCUUUUCACCUUAGUGUUUGUCUGCGUCGAAAUUUAACUAAGAACGUCUUUCCGACAGUACGUGAAGGCGUCCCAGAGCUGCAUUUGACACUUCUACCCUGACGCAAGCUAACGUUCAGCAUGUCUGAGAAGGAGCUGGGAAAAAAGUGGGACCGGUGCCUGGCAGACUGUGCUAUUAAACUAGGUACUGGCCUGGGGUUAGGGAUUGUGUUUUCUGUUCUGUUCUUCAAACGGCACACGUGGCCCAUUUCAUUUGGGUCGGGAGCGGGACUUGGCAUGGCGUAUGCCAACUGCCAGAAUGACCUGAGGUCACAUUAUCUGCAACACAGAAGCGAAAAGGAGCAAUAACUGCAAGUCACCAAAGGGCUGUCUUUUUAUUUUUUUUAUUUUCCAGUCAUUGUAUUUGGUUUGGUUAUGUCUGUGGGAGCGUCACCAUUUGCACUGUUCUGCAGUUAGAUCCUUGUCUCUCUGUUGAAGAUCCCUCCUCUGGAUGAUAUGAAUGUGCCUGAUCAGGACAGUCUGUGUUUAUUUAAUAAAAUAAUCAUUGAAAUGAAAAAACA